AUGCCUCGUCCCAAACGAAAAGCGGUCCCACCAAUCACUUCUUCUGACGUCGAUUCUUCUAUUCGUACCGAGACGAAGAGAACAACUACGAAGCAAUUUGAACGAAUAGAUAAACUGUUUGGUUUGUAUGCAAAUAAAUCAAUGGGUUUGAUUGACCCAGAUGGGAUUGAAGCACUUUGUAAAGAUGUUAAUGUGGACCAUACUGAUGUUAGAAUGCUGAUACUUGCUUGGAAACUGAAAGCAGAAAAGCAGGGUUAUUUUUCUAAGGACGAAUGGCGAAAAGGUCUCAAAAGUUUAGGGGCGGACACAUUCCCAAAAUUAAAAAAAGCAAUAAAUGGACUGAAGAAAGAGGUGACGGUUCCAGAAUGCUUUGAGGAUUUUUAUUCCUAUGCAUUUCAAUACUGCCUCACAGAGGAUAAGCAAAGGAGCAUAGAUAUUGAGACCAUAUGUGAGCUGUUAAAUAUUCUUCUGGGAUCUGAAUUCCCUUCUCAAGUCAAUUUACUAACCGAGUAUCUAAAGAUCCAGAAUGACUACAGAGCGCUAAGCAGAGAUCACUGGAUAAGUUUUUAUCGGUUUUUUAAAGAGGUAAGCUUUACUGAUCUCCAAGAAUAUGAUUCCAGUCUAGCCUGGCCAGUGAUCAUUGACAAUUUUGUUGAAUGGUUGAAAGGAAAAGGAAAAGGAAAAGAAAUAUAG